ACCCCUUCGAUGCCGUGCCAGUGCCGCUCCUCUUCGAAUCGUCCACGAACGUGGCCGCGGCGUCGAGCCUCGCCUCCGAGGCACCCAGGCUCGUGGUGCAGCGCCGCUCUGAUGACUCGUCCGCGAACGUGGCCGCGUCGUCGAGCCUCGCCUCCUCCGAGGCACCCAGGCUCGUGGUGCAGCGCCGCUCUGAUGACUCGUCCGCGAACGUGGCCGCGGCGUCGAGCCUCGCCUCUUCCGAGGCACCCAGACCCGUGGUGCCGCUCCGCUCCGACUCGUCCACGAUCGUGGCCGCGGCGUCGAGCCUCGCCUCCUCGGAGGCAUCCAGGCUCGUGUUGCCGCUCCGCUCUGAUGACUCGUCCGCGCACGUGGCCGCGGCGUCGAGCAUCGGCUCCUCGGAGGCACCCGUCGCGGACUUCAAGCAGGCGCUCUGUGGAGCCCUCGCGGAGGCCUUCGCAGGGCUCCGCCGCGCGCAGGAGCUCCUCGGCGCCGACAUCGGCGGCAUCGACCUCGACGGGUGCCGCGCCUUCCGCCCCGACUCCGUGGACUCGGCGGCACCCGGCGAGCGCCAGGGCGCCCGCGGGCCCCCGGCCAGGCCCACGCACCCGCUGCUGCCCCAGGUCGUGCCCGCCUCCCCGCGCGGCAGCGCCUCCGCGCCGGCGGGCGGCCACCUCCACGAGCCGCCGGCCGUGCCGCGCUCCGCGGGCCUCCUCGCCGUGGAGCCGGCGCCAGACAUGAUGCAGGACGGCAGUCAGAUGGGAAGUCGACGCACCACGCGGGCUCGAGAAUCCUACCUCGACUGCACCCCGCGGUCUUCGCGGCAACGCCGGGGAACCGCGCGAGUUCGAAGCCGGGACACCGUCGACUCUGGGCGCCAGUACACCGAGUACGACGCUGCGUAUGCCACGGAAGUCCUCGAAAAUUGGAAGCAUCUCGUCACGCGGUUCCAGGAGAUGAGUUGUUCCGAGAUGUCCCAGUUGCACAGCGCAUGGCAAGACGCCAAAGCGUUCACUAUUUUCGUUGCUAACCCAGCGCACGAUGAGAGGACCGACACGCUGGGAACGCACUUCCACUUCAUGAGGGACACCAUGAGCAUGGCCUCGGUGCUGUCCAAGUCGCCCACGCCUCUGCUCGAGGACCCCAAGCCCCAAGGCAACCUCUUCUGGAGGGCCAUCCGCUUCACGUUAUGCCUUGUCCUGCAUCCUUUCACCAGGUACCGGAUGAUGUGGGACAUCAUGGGGAUGGCCAUUUGCCUCCACGACGUCUCGAUGCUCCCUGCGCAGGUCUUCGAGUUCCCUCAGGGCUACAUCGAUUUCCGCCUGGGCUACGAGUGGCUCUCUUGUGUGUUCUGGACCAUCGACAUAAUGCUGAACUUCAGCACCGGAUUCAUAUCUUCAGAGGGGUUGCUCGAGAUGCGCAAGGACAAGGUGGCGGAGCACUACGUCCGCACAUGGUUUGUCCCAGACUUCAUCAUCACGAUCAGCGACUGGUGUUUCCUCAUUAUCAGCGUUAGCAGCUCUGGGGUGCUUCGUGUUGGCAAGGCGGCCUCUCGAAGUCUGAGGGCGAUGCGGCUCCUGCGGAUGCCUAAGCUCAACGCCUCGUUCAAUCAGAUGUUGGGCGCGAUGAACUCGGAAAGUCUGAGCAUAGUAGCAGGCAUCGCGAAGUUCUUGCUGAUCCUGAUUCUGGUGACCCACUAUGUGGCCUGCGCGUGGUACUGGCUGGCCGACAGGGAAGACCGAGCCAUUUCUUGGAGGGACAGGUAUCUCCACUCUGACGAUUCUGAUGUGUACGCGUACUUUACGAGUAUGCAUUGGGCCCUCACGCAGUUUACCCCCGCAUCCAUGGAGGUCGUGCCAGUCAACGUCCAUGAGCGAUUCUUCACAUGCAUUGUCAUCAUCGUGGCCCUGGUGGUGUUCUCCUCGUUCGUGUCGAGCAUCACCCAGGCGAUGACCCGCCUCCGAGAGACUCACUCUCGGAAGCUUGGGCAGGAGCUUCUCAUGCGUAAGUAUUUUAGCGAGUUCCAGAUCCCCCGGGAGCUUGCUGCUCGCUGCAAGCAUUUCAUGGUUCAGCACCAGCGCAUGGCAAACAAGCGCAUCAAGGAAACAGACAUCCCAGUUAUGCUCCUUCUGCCGAAGUCCGUCAGGGAGGAGCUGCGUUACGAGGCGUUCAACCCUUGGCUCAAGUCCCACCCGUUUUUUGCUUUAUAUAUUCAGAUUUGUCCUGUAGGCAUGCGGCAGAUUUGUAACAACGCAUUGGAUGAGGUUUCGAUGCUUCCGCUCGAAGAGAUAUUCUGGAACGGCCAAAGCGUGAAUCGCAUGAUCUUUGUACGGAUUGGUUUAGUUACGUAUUGUCACAGGGGCCACCUGACCUCCAGGGGUCAUAUUAUAUCACCUAUCGAGCUGAGAAAAGGCCAGUGGGCAUGUGAGGAGACGCUGUGGUCCAAGGCGUCCCGGGUUGAUGGACCUUUCAGGGCCUCUUCGGCUGGCUGUGAGCUCAUCACGAUACUGCCAGCAGCGUUCCAAUCGAUCGCCAAGGUGCACGUCGGGCCUCUGAGAUUCUGCGUAAGCUACGCGGAGGCCUUCGUCAGGGGAUUCAACGCAGCGAGCAGAAAUAUCGAGUGCGAGGAUCUGCUCUUCAACGACCCGUUCACCAUCGUGGAUCUCGUCCAGGACGCCUGUCUUAGCCAGGACGACCCUCGCGCGGUCGGGAAGCGACGUACCCACGUCAGCAUGGGGCGGCGGACGACCCUCAAGCGGUCAUCCAUCAUGCCAAGGAUGAGCAUUAAGAGCAACAGGGGCAGCAUGAGGAGCAACCAGCUCGGCCGCGGCUGGAGUAUGAACAGCGUGAGGCGCCUGACGACCACCGUGGAGGACUUGCCAGAGCCUCGACGAAGCGCCAUCCACGGAGGUCCUCGUCCUUCACGGCUGACGGUCCUGAGCAAACAGGCGUCGACGGUUAGCUCGAGCUCCCCCGCCACACGCCGCGUCAGCGGCUUUGAGGUCCAGCCCCAGCCGCCUACGCGCACCGCAUCGUCGCCGGUCAGAGCGGCGAUAGCAGCGGCAACGCGGGCCAACGCCCACGCGGAACUGAGCUGAGCCAGGCCGAAACCGUUUGAUGGGCACAUUUUCCACCACCACUACCAUAUGUAGGACGGGGAACAAGGGAGGAUGAGGAGGUCCUCCUGCUCCUCCUCGUCCUCCUCCUCGUCCUCCUCCUCCUCCUCCUCCUCCUCCU